AUGCAAGCCCUUGCAAUUAUCUUCGCAGCAUUACUCUCAGUUGGCCAGCAAGUAGUCUUUGUUCAAGCAUCACUCGACGUUGCCAUUGCUACGGGUACUUUCCGUGGCGUAACCACCGCCAAUAGGACGGAAAAGUGGCUUGGUCUUCGAUUCGCCCAACCCCCUAUUGGUCCUCUCCGCUUCAAAGCACCAGUCUCAAUCACUAGAGCUGCAACUGGCAUUCAAAAUGCCUCGUCAUUUGGCAAUGCCUGCCCGCAGCCAGCUUCAGAUACUCUUGGAGCGCCAGUAUCGGAAGAUUGCUUGUUCUUGAAUGUAAAGAAGGCACUCGAUUUUAUUCCUUGGUUUUCAGACCACAAGGGACUGUCUCUACUGCAAAGCUUCCCGUUCUCUUUUGGCUCCACGUACGCUAGCCACCGUCUUCUCCUGUUGAAUCCAAUGGAUCAUUUAACAUAUCUAGGGCGGAGCCUAUACCGUGAAGUACCUCAUCAAUUUCGUCAAUUCUAUCAGCUAACUUUGUGGAGCGCGGCGUCAAAUCCUCAAUUCGAUCCCACCCCAUUGAACUUGGCAAUCGUUUCAACGUCCGCCAUCGUCUUCCUUUCUUCCGCGUUGCUCUGCUUACCCGAGAUUAGAAACUACCGUGUGAACACUUUUGGCUUCCUCGCAAGCGAGUGCGUCCCACCUUCAGAUCUCAACGCUGGGUUGCAAGACCAACGGAUGGCUAUGUUGUUCGUGAAGCAGAACAUCGAAGCAUUUGGCGGCGAUCCAUCUAAGGUGACGAUUUGGGGCCAGUCUGCUGGGGCAGGGAGUGCUCAAGUGCACAUGCUGUUCCCCGCUUCCGAGUCGCUGUUCCGUGCGGUAAUUGCAGACUCAUCAACUGGACCGUUCAAAAACUCGCCCAAUGCAAGCACAUAUGAUGAACCUGGAAAGCCCUUCGCAAGGCUGUUGGCGGCGACGGGCUGUACGGCUGGUCCUAGUGCAUUCGAUUGUCUACAAAGGGUUCCUUCUGAGACGCUAAUGGAUAUCAGUAAUACGAUGAUCUCAAACACUCUUAACAACCAAUUGUGGGAACCCUCUGUUGGUCCUAAGGGCAGCUUGGUUACGCAGCGUGCUUCUGAGGUCAUUGCUUCGGGCAAGUUCCUUCGUGUUCCUUAUCUUGGUGGAACAAAUGUUAACGAGGGGACAUUCUUCAGCACCGCAAUCAAAAGCCUUGGAUUGAGUGGUGCAGCGGAGGACAUGGCCUUCGAGAACUUCAUCGGACAUCUGGUCAUUGACAACAGCACACUCCCAACUCAAGUCUUUACUCGCUCCUUGGCCCUUUUCCCGGCGAACGAUCCCGCUUUGGGAUCUCCUUUCAAUGUCGCAGGCGAUUCGCUCUUCAACAGAGCUGCGGCAUGGUAUACUGGACUUAUGUUCUUGGCCCCACGUCGGAGCUGGUUUGAGGUUGCGUCAGUUCGUAUGCCGAUGUUCGCAUACUAUUUCCGCGAAUUCAUCCCCGGCAAUGAUGUGACCCUAGGAGGCAUGGAAUCGUCUGUCUUUGGCCACUUUUCUGAGCUUGAACUUUUUUUUGGACCCUUCCCGGCUGUCGAAACCGCACUUGCCCGACAAAUGCUCACAUUUUACGUGAACUUCGUUAACGAUCUAAACCCUGGCCCUACUUGGCCUGCUUAUCAAGCAGGCAAUUCCCGUGCGGUCAUGCAGCUCAUUCGUGACAACAUUACAAUGAUUCCCGACGACUGGGAUACUCACAAAACUGAUUUCUUUAACUCGCCUCUGGUCUUGAACGCAUUUGAGAAAUAG